CAUUGUAGUAUCUCUUACUCCGGGACCUAGUAAUUGGGAUUUGGGAUCGCCGUGGAUCUGCUAAAAUACGCCUAGAUUCGCUAAAAUACGCCGAGAUCCAUCAACAUGGGCCUUCUCGACCAGUUGUGGGAUGACACCGUCGCCGGCCCUCGGCCGGAGAACGGUCUCGGCAAGCUCCGAAAGCACCACACCUUCGCUUCCCGAUCUAUCUCCGGCAAGGAAUCGGAGGCCGGGAGCGUGAGAUCGUACGGCGAGGAAUCGCCGGCGGAAGUGACGACGACGACGAGAGUAACACGGAGUAUUAUGAUCGUGAAACCGCCGGGGUACCAGAUCAAUGGAUCGCCACCGGCUUCUCCCGCGGGUUCUACUACUCCGGGGUCUCCGUUUUCGGGUAAGGAGCUAGAGAGCCGUUUCGGUUUCGAAGAAGGUCAGCAUCGGAUGCCUACGAGGAGAGAGGCCAGAACAGAUCAAGCCCCCCUUCUCCUUUCGAUGUGUGAGAAAUGAGCAACAUUUUCUCGUCUCCGGAAGCUAAGGAUGUUAGUUAGCUUUUGGCCUUUGCUGCUUUCAGUUUUGUAUGAAUCUGUAUGGAUUGAAAUGAGGUUGUGAUGUAGUAGUUCAUGCAAGGUAGCUGUUUGGAGUAUCUUUUUUAAGUCUUAGUUAGGUGAACUGUGUAAUGGAACUUGUAAGAAAGUGCAAAGGGUAGAGUAGCGGUGUAUCGUAUUAUUAUAUAUAUGUACUAUGUAUAUAGCCUUAAGCCUUUCAUGCGUUUGUUCCUAUUGUUCAUUCUCCGUGAAGUUUUCGCUUGCUGAAUAACAACCUACUUCUUGGUAA